AUGGGAGCCCACAAGGAUCCCCUCGGCAGUGCAGCGAAGAGGAGGCCGACAAGCUUGACAACUGUCUUCGUGAACAUGGCUUUGCCCUGGGCCGCCUUUGGACUGGUCUUCUGGGCACUGUCUUUUCAUCUUCGCUUCGACCAGCCGGGUCUCGCCUACCUCCUGGCUGCCGUCUUCUUCGGUGCUGGCGUCACAUCUGGCGUGAUGGCCUGGCAAAUGGGUGAGCGGCGCCUGCGCUCGUCGUACUGGUAUCACUACUUCGCGGUCACCAUGCUGCUUUCAGUGGUGGCUGCGGGUGUCCUUGGCUCACUGAACUAUGAGUACAACAUGCGCAAGUCCUACACUCUGGCAGCAGAGCUCAAGUUUUACAAGGAGGUCAAUGUGGGAGAGACGAAGGGUCAGCAGCUGAUGGAUGCCGGCCUCGUCACUUUCAGCAAAGACACCAGCCUGGACACGUCGAAGUCCAUGGGCUUCCGCGAUGGCGACACCUACUGCGUGGCGCCGAUCACGAACGGAGAUGCGAAUCUCCUGGUCUACGACUUCUGGGCGAUAGGCCGGCCCCUGUAG